CUCUCGUUUGCUUUACAUUGUGCAGGGGGGUUGUUCGCGCCCCUCUCCGCCCAGCCCCUGGAAGGGCACCAGGACGGGGCGGUUCUUCUCUUUGUGGCCUUAGCUCCCAGGUCAGGUUCAGACGCACAGGAACAAGGCUGCAGCCAACACAGAAGGGAACGUUUAGUGGUUUAAAAACGUUUCCAUCUGAAGCAAGUUCAGGGAUCCAUUUGUUGGUCUUUUGGCCCAAGUUGAUCUGAUCUUGCUCCUCUAAAACAAAACUGGACCCACUGGUCUGGAAGCUGCUGCUCAAACAAAUUCAAAAAGGGGAGGCUAAUGUAGUCAGUCUCUCUUCAAGGUUCAGUGUAAGGCAUGGUCCACUUAAAAAUUAAAUUGAGCUAGCUACUGGUGCUCAGGGCUAUAGGUAGGUUUGACCUAACUGCCGGUGCAGACAGAGGUAGGGCACUGGAAAAAUUGUUCUGUUGACCUGAUUACUGCCUCUUGGAGGGAUGGAUUAUACAUUGAAAGAAAACCACCUUACAUUGAUGUAGGAAGUGUCAGCACUACAGUAGCUGUCAUAUAGACAUGCCCUAAAACAUAAUCAGGGAAUGAAUGCUGCAGAUUGGGUCUUUGCAGCAAGACCUACCUGCUUCUGACCCAGUUCAAGUGCAACCUCAAGAUUGAUGUCAGAUAGAACAGUCUAUUGUUUUGGAGGGAGACUAGCAACAGAAAAUUCUUCAGUUACUUUGAACCUAGCAAAAUAAAGGCCUCAGUAUACCAUCCGAAGAACCUUGAACUGAAUCCAUUUUCAUAGUGGCAAUAAGUGCAGAUUAUGGAGCUAAGGAAUUACUGAUUGUCUUCCUUCUAUACCAAGGAACAAACAAAACAUUCAUCAACUCUUGCAGCUUUUAGAUUAAUUUCAAGGCAAGCCUUUUAGGAGUGAAUUACUUGUUGUAUGAAGGGGACUAAAGAAAGCAUGAGUGAUUGUAUUCAGGACUCCAUUAGAGAGGAAACAGUCUUUCCAGAAAAAUUUAAGAAGGAUUUUAUGGAGAUUAUAUGGAUACUCUGCUAGGCUACUGAAAACUAAACUUUUUAGAACAGCUGCAUCAAAUACAUCAUUUCCAGAAGUUUGGUUACUGCUGGUACAGUAUUUUGAGAGAUUACCUGGAUUUUUUUGGGUAGUUCAGAGAAACAGUUUCUUUACAAUGCCUGAAAUUCUAGAAAAUAAAGCUGAUCUUGAAUUGUAUUCACCUCAUCCUGAAGUACGUGGAAUGACAACACUUGACAGAGCAGCUUUCAAAAGGACAAUUGUUGUUCCAGUUCUAAAAGUGAAAAAAGAAGUAAUAAACAAAUUGUUAAAAUCCCUCAAACAUAUAACACUGCAUCGCCCAGGUCUGAAGCGAGUGAUUGAUGAUCCAAAAGAUGAAGACAGACUUGUUUUGUUGGAUCCUCAUAAAAUAUCAGCAGAAUAUUCACUGGGAGAAUCUGAACAAGAAAUAUUAAAGCAGUUUAAUAUUGACCCUCAGGUGUCCAAGUAUAACUUGGAACUGACUUACGACAAUUUCAAGACUGAGGAAAUCUUACGAGCGGUGCUUCCUGUAGGUCAAGAUGUCACCUCUGGAUUUACUAGGAUUGGCCAUAUAGCUCACUUGAAUCUUAGAGAUCAUCAGCUACCCUACAAACAUCUGAUUGGUCAGGUUAUAAUUGACAAGAAUCCAGGAAUCACCUGUUCAGUAAAUAAAAUCAAUAUUAUUGACAACACUUAUCGAAAUUUUCAAAUGGAAGUGCUAGCGGGAGAGGCCAAUAUGAUAACAAAGACUAGAGAAAACAACAUCACCUAUGAAUUUGACUUUUCUAAAGUCUAUUGGAAUUCCCGUCUAAGCACAGAACAUGGCCGUAUCAUUGAACUUUUAAAGCCAGGUGACGUUCUAUUUGAUGUCUUUGCCGGGGUUGGGCCUUUUGCCAUUCCAGCUGCAAAGAAAAAGUGCAGCGUAUUUGCAAAUGAUCUCAACCCUGAAUCCUACAAAUGGCUUCUACACAACUGUAAAUUAAAUAAAGUGGACAAAAACAUAAAAAAUUUCAAUAUGGAUGGUCGGGAUUUUCUUCUGGGGCCAGUUAAAGAAGAGCUAACCAAGGAACUGCCACUUCUGACAAAAGAAAGGAAAAACACUCUGCACAUAGUCAUGAAUUUGCCAGCUUUGGCUAUCAAAUUUCUAGAUGUUUUCAAACAUUUAUUAGACGGAAAGCCAUGCAGCACUGACCUCCUUCCCACAGUGCACUGUUACAGCUUCUCAAAACAUGAUAGUCCAGCAAAAGACGUUCAAGAAUGGGCUGAAGUUUUUCUGGGAACUUCUUUAGAGGGACGCUGUUCUACUCAUCUGGUGAGAAGUGUUGCACCAAAUAAGGAAAUGAUGUGCAUCAGUUUCCAGAUCCCAGCUGAAGUGCUGUUCAAGAAGCAGUGUACUCAUGAAGAGAGUCCUGUGGAACCAGCUUCUAAACGUUUGCGCCCAAAUGAAGACUCUCCUGAAGAAAAAUUGACUAGUUUAAAAGACUAGUUAAUACUGUUUUGGUUAUUUUGUGCAAGAGAGCUAGGUGGGAAAUCUACCCUCAAGUCACUGAAAGCAGAAUGGAUUUACCCCCAUACACCAAGAAAAUAGUCAUAAUGCAUAAUUAUUUUUUUUUAAAUUCCAGGAUCAGUAACUAGACAGGAUCAUUUCUUUUAUUGCAGAGAAUAUUAAACUUUUUAUUUUCUCAUGUUA